AGUAAGGCUUCAUAUUUUUAGGCCUUGUAUUCACUCUGCCCUUUUCAUUUUUGACAAACGCCCUCUUACGACGCUGUACCGACAAGCAACAAAAUGGCAGCGACCAUGAGUGGAUCUGUUGCCGUGCGAGGUGGUGGAAUUUUAACAAAUCGACGGCCAGUUUUUACUUCAGACAGCAAGUGUCUGCUGGUUUGCUCCGGGCACAGGGUUAAAAUCAUCAGCUGCUUGAGUGGAGAAUGUAUCAGAGAAUUGACAGGUCAUAGCUCAAAUGUCACCGGAGUUCAGGUCAAUCCAUGGAACAAACUUCAGGUUUUAACAUCAUCAGAAGAUGGUACUGUCAUCCUGUGGGAUUAUAUGGACAAUGUCAUUCUUAAGACCAUCAAGUUUGACAGACCUUUGUAUGGCUUGUUCUUACAUGAAGCACACAAGAAUGUCCUCUUUGUACUCUGCAAGAAGAUGGACGACAACGGCCAGCUCCUGCACAAGAAGCCUCUCCGUCUCUGCAUGGCAUCAAUCCCAUCAGGCACAUCCAACAAGACGCCGCUGAGUCCGGAGUUUGUGAUCGUGGUGGGGUCUGGAGGCGAUCGUUGCAUCGGCUUCGGUGCUAACGGCCAGUACAUGGCUUCCGUCAUGGGAAAUAACCUGAAGGUUUACAACUUCGAGGACAAGACUAUUCAAAGGACUGAGAUGAAGGUCAAACCAACUUGCCUGACCUGUCAUCCCCAUGACAACUGUAUCGCUGUGGGUGAUGUCAAAGGUCAAGUGUCAAUCGUUUGGAACAUAUUCCAACAAGAAUCCCUGAUCAAGAAUAUCAACCAUUGGCACGCUCUUCCCGUUGAAGAUCUUUCAUUUUCACCAGAGGGGACAUAUCUGUUCAGCGGCGGCCACGAGUGCACACUUGUCCAGUGGCAGUAUAACUCCAAGCAUAAAGAUUUCAUGCCACGUCUUGGUAAUGCUAUUUCCCACAUAGCAUGCUCACCCAAUGGACAACUGAGGGCGCUGUCUUUGAAAAAUAACUCGAUCUUGCUCCUCACCACUAAAGUAGUGCAUACCAUCCAAGGUCUAGAUCAUACCAGUUUUCACCAGAAGCCGUCAGAUCCGGUUCCAGCCGGUUUAGAUGUUGACCCUCGUACUGGUGCCCUAGUUCUCAAUGGCAAACUGGGGCAUCUUCAGUUCUAUCAGCUAGGAAGAGAUAAGCUUCUCUACAAUAUGGACAUCACCGGUGAGAACUAUAUUUCUCCUGAGAACCUUCACAAACCCCUGGCCCACACAGAGGUCACUCAUAUGACCUUUGACCUGAAAGGUGAUUGGAUGGUCACGGCUGAGAGGAGAGAUGAUGGGGAGACAUCGGUGGAGAUGAGGCUCAAAUUCUGGGAGUUUGAUGCCAAGAAACAGAGUUUUACUUUGAACACCACUGUAGAGAUGCCCCACCAGGAGGUAAUCAAUGCUCUCCAAUUCCGACCUUCUAGUAAAGUUCUUAGUAAGAGUGAGGAUGCUAUGGUAGUGACUACCAGUGCUGAUGGGAAGUUUAAACUCUGGAUGCUUGUUGAUGAUACAGAUGUGGAGAAAACAAAACAGUGUUGGAAUUGCGAAUCGGUCGGCUUCUACAAGAAUGCAGAGCCAAGAGCUGCGGCUUUCUCCUCUGAUGGAUCUUUGCUGGGGGUAGGAUUCAAUGAGGUCAUCACACUUUGGAACCCUGAGGUCAACGAACUUAAGAAGAUCCUCACUCAUGCAGCGCUCAGUACAGAAAUCAAAUGUCUAUGCUUUGGUCAUGGUUCAUCAGCCCAUCUCUUAGUAUCCAGUACUUCAGCGUCCAUUACUGUUUGGAAUCUAUUAACAUGUAGGGUUUCGUGGAGUGUAUCUAUGUCUGUCAACAUUCUCAUUGGUGAUCCCUACAGUCAACACUUUGCUAUCUUUGAUAACAAAAACAGUUUGUUUGUCUUCGAUGGAUGUGAGCCACGCCCUGUAUUCCACCAUUCUUCCACUUCCUCUUCCGAAGUCAUCUCGGCCAUCUUCACUCCAAGACAGAGCCAGGGAGAUGGGAACGACAAGGAGGAACUGCCCGCUGAUCCAUUGCCUUGGCAACAGCAUUCUGAGCUGUACUUUGUGACCAAGUCGAAAGAGUUGCUGACGCUGAUUAGCAAAGAGCAGGCCAAGCAAGAAGAGAAGAUUAAUAAAUACGAUGCAAGUGAUCUUCAUGGGAGCGUACCACUCACACCGUUUGCUCAGCUCCUGGAUGGGGCUUCAAGGCAGAUCUCAACCGACGAUCAGUUGGGAGGUAGCCAAGCACAGAGUCUCACCUCUUCUAAGGCUUCAACAACCGAGAUCCUUGCUGCUCCACCUCACAUUCUUCCACCAGCAAGCCACCUUUGUUCUUCCUUCAUUCUAUCUCUUCUUGGACCUCCUAGUCACUUAUCAAACAGCACAGGAACAGAUUCUGAGAGUGAGGACUCAGAAGAUGAAGACCACGCCCAACAAUCCUCUCAAGAUUCAGACAUGGAAACAGAAGACAUACACUCGGCUCCGCCCACGGCAACAGGGUCAAGUUCAUCAUACACCCCCGUCGUUGAGGAGGCGGAGCUUAGUGAGAAGGAGAUGAAGAAAAUUUCAAAAGCAGCCAAAACCAAAUAUAAUUGGAUCAGAACGUUAUCAGAAGAAGCUUCAUGACAACCAGUGAUCUAGGCCAUGAAGCAGCUGAAACUGGUUUGAACUGGAUUUCUAGAACUUUAUUCUUCAAGGCUCCAUGGCAUUCAGUCUCCAAACUAAAUGCAGUCAUUACUGGAUCAAACUGGAUCAAACUUGAGUCAAAGUACAAGAGACUGAACUUCUUCUCUGUUCUAAACCGGCAGAAGAGGAUGAGGGGGACGCUAGUCCAGUUCAGCUGGAUUUACAGAACCAAGGAGUUUGAAUUGUUGGCCUAAAUCAAAACUAUAAAUAAGUCUGAUAAAUACAGCUAACGCUACACAAGUCAUAGAUCUCUUUGAGAUACAACUUUAAUGGAUUAAACAACAUGUUUUGAGUUCACCUGUCUGAAAAUGAUUCGACUUGAUUUGACUCCUUGAAGGUUAACCUAUGGACAAACCCAUGUUUGAUGAAAUAUGAUAUAAUCCAUAAAAAAUGUCAACUAAAAGCUAAAGUUUAUUAAGGUUUGAACUUCCAGGAGCAUGAUGAUGUAGGUCUUAAUAUAUAUAUAUUUUUUUCCAAAAUGUACACAAAAUAAAAACAUGAAUGGGUAUCCUUUUGUGAAUUCAGGACAUAGAAGUUGUUUUCCUUUAUCUCAAUUGAGUCAUCUUUUCAAUUAAAACACACAAUGAUGUUUGAAAGUUUGCCUGUCGGUAUGGUAAUCUCAUAUUAGAGGUUACCAUGUGGUAAGUCCUGGAUGGACUAAGAAAAGGUAGGUAGAGGUAUAAGGCAAACAAGUAGAAGGAUGGAAAGUAUAGUAUUCAUUUCAUAAGACGGACGGUCAACCUGCCUGAAACUUUGAAUCUUCUCUUCUGCUCUAUAACUCCAUUCGCCAACUCAAACAAGCCUUCUCAUUUAUUCAACUACUCAAGCCUCUCACCUUUUCUGUAUUGUAGUCAUUUUAAGGAAUACAGGACUACACUUAUCACCCUUCCACUUCACCUCUACCUCUAUCCACUUUUCAUAGUCCAUCAUAGACUCACCACUUGGUGUAUGGUAAACCUCUUCGCAACACACAUGCAAGUUUACAUGAGCCAAGAAAACUGUACUAUACCAUAGUCAGCCCCCCCCCCCUCCCUCCAAACAAAAAAGAAAGAAAUUGUACUUUGGUUGACAGUGUACCGGUAUGCAAAUCAUUUAUCUUUUCAUCAGCAUGUUGCACUGUAUUUCAGCCCCCCCCCCCCCCCCCCCAAGAAAUUCAGGUCCCUAUUACACAAUACACAAUGGCCUGUAUUCUUAAGUUUGGUUUAACUUGGAACACAGUCUAACUCUGCUUAAAUUAUGGAGAGCCAAAAGUUCAAAAAUUCUGUUUAUAUUGCAUAUUUCUUAUGUUUACUAUAUUGUUUCCUUUUGCUUUCAUAAUGAAGAAAGAUACUUCUGUUAUCAUUCCCAGACAAUUAUGAACAAUUUGGGUGUCAUACCGUGUACGAGUUAAUAAUUUGAAUGUGUGCUGUUAAGGAUUUGUGCUCCAACUGGCUCUCCAUAGUUAAACCACAACUUUAAACCAGGGUUUGAUUUAAACCCGAGUUCAGAAUACAGGCCAAAGCGAUUCAUUGUACAACCAAUAUUUAUAAUCAAUUUGAAAUCAACUAUGUUGAGUAUUGUGGUCCAGUGGAUUAGUCUCCAGACUUCAAAAGAGAUGGUCGUGGGUUUGAAUCCCAACAAUGGCAUGAAUUCUUUCUGCAAGAAACUGAUCCACAAUGUGCUGCAUCAUUUACCUCAGUGAGGUAAAUGGGUACUGGCAAGAAGGAAUUCCUCAAAAAGCUGUGAGCACCGUUAUUGGUUGACAAGCUUUAGUGCCUUGAGCACACAACAAGGUGGAAAUGUGCACUAUAGUAUAAAUUAUUGUAAUUAUUAUAAUUGUUCUAAUUAUCAUCAUUGUACGAUCUUUCGAUAAGCUUCAUGAAACAACAUCUAGGUUUCAGAGAAGAUCAUUUUAUACAAGUUUUAUGUUGUAUACAUAGUAGUUACCACCCAAAUAAAUUAAAACCAAUGA